AUGGAACGCCCCCACCGUCCACCACCGCUCACGAUACCGCCUCCCCCACGGUCCCGGACUAGAGUCCGGCGCGCUCGACGCCCGAACCACCGACAAGCCCGGCAAUUCAAACGAUGGCUCCUCCGCGCCCAGAUCGCCAACGACGUGCUGCACGUCGCGGCCGCGAGCAUUUUGCUAUGGAUCAUGUCGUGGUUCUUGUAUAACGUGCCGUUUCCGCUAUCAUAUCGCACAGGCCCGGCGGCGGUAGCCCUCAUAAUCAUGCUCUCCACAGACAUCCUCCUCGACGCCCGCUCAAUAGUCCACGCCCACGACCCCUGGCCCGGCUGGGCCCUCAUCCUCCGCCUCGUCCUCGGCCUCGGCUACAUCGCCGUCUUCGCCGUCUACAUCGCCUUCGGCGGCGACGUCUUCGCCCCCGACUUCGAGUACUGGGGCAUGUCCGACUCCUACGGCAGGGUCCUCGCCUACAUGUUCCUCUGGGGCCUCGGCCUCUGGAAUCUCUUAUUCGUCGUGCUCUGCCGCCACUGGCUUUCCAAGGAGGUCAGGCGGUACGCGAAAGAUGCGAAGCGUUUGUUCACGUGGAGGAGGAGGAGGAGGAGACCGGCCCCGGGCCCGGGCGCGCAUCGUCUGCGCAGCGCCGGCGGGGCUCCGGAGACCAGCGUCGCGGACGUCGACGUGGAAGCCGCGCGCGGGCCGGCGCGCGCGGAGGAGGAGGGGAACACGGUCGACUUACCGGUAAGGAUGGGCGUGCGGAGGGUCAAGAACAGCGUGAGCGGGAUCAGCUUCAGCGUCGACUCCGUCGCGAGCAGCGGGACGGGGACCGCGGGGUUGAGUCCGCCGCCCGAGGCCGUCAUGAGGCCGGCGUAG